UAAUAAUAAUAAUAAUAAUAAUAAUAAUAAUAAUAAUUUUGUCAAGCCAGACAACGAAAAUGUCAAGCAAAGCCAGUCACGUCCUUCCAAGUGACGGCUACAUCCCCACUGUAGCCGUCACAAAUUACCCUACCCACCAAUUCCAACGGUCACAUUUCCCCCUCUUCAGCGACCAAAAACACCGAGUUCACUCUCCUUCUCCGCCGCUCUAUAUAUAUAGAUCCUUUCUUCCUCUCUUUAAACCCUCCUUCAAAAGCCAAAACACUGCGUUUCCCAUUUCGCAGUUGUUGCCAGUUUCAUAAACGCCCACUCAACAUGUUGCAGAGAUUCUUUCUAUUACUCGUUUUCCUUGCUUUGACUUUUUCUAACUCUUUCAUUGUACAUGCAGACAAUGCGUCUGCCCCUUCGCUAUCUAAAACGAUAAGCCCAUCUUCUUCUCCCUCCAAAUCUCCUACCUCUUCUCCUGCAAGUGCUCCGGCUAAAUCUCCCACAACUCCUCCUGCAAGUGCUCCGGUCACAUCUCCGUCUUCCUCCCCUUUAAAAUCUCCCUCACAAUCUCCUAAAAUCUCCCCUGCAAUGUCGCCACCUCCAAUUUCCACUCCGGCUGCAACUCCUUUGGCACCAAUCGCUAAGCCACCAGUUGUGCAAGGUCCGGCUACUGCAGCGACACCAGAGGCAUCGACGAGUGUCCCUUCCAGUUCGGCAACACCAGUGGAGGCACCAAUGGUUUUCCCAUCCAGCAGCAGCCCGCCGAGCGCCAGUCCAGCGAAUCUGUCACCGGAAACUGCAGAAAGUCCGAUGGGAAAUGAAUCGGGUUCUAGAUCCUUGAAUGAGAUUCGAGUUGUUUUUAGAUGGUUGUUUAUUGUGUUUUGGGGCAUCCUUGGCUUGGCCUGGGCAAUUUAAUUUAAUUUUUGGUUUUUAAUUGAACUGAAAUUUUUUUCCCA